GGAGAGGAGAGGGAGAGAAAGGGAGACCCUGACCUGUGUGUAAGUGUAGGCGUGAACUGCUCUGAUCAGUAGCAUGUGCACCCUUACAGCAUCCUAACAAAAGAUCCAGUCUGCAAGAAUCACUUCAUCACUGCGUGGAUCCGAUCCUGGUCCUGGUUCAGGAGUGACACUGCGAUUGAGUGUGCUGGAGCAGUAAAUCAUUUUAAGACAUGGAAGUGUGGAAUAUGAGUGGAGUGGCAGCCAAGCCUGUGUCCCCUCUGUCUAACUGCACGGUGGACACCAGCUACCGUUUCACCUUCUACCAAGUGUCCUAUAGCAUCAUCUUCCUGCUGGGGUUGGUCACCAACAGCCUGGCUCUACGCAGACUGUGUCUGUCUCCCUGCACCAUGAACAGCACAGCCAUUUAUAUGGUGAGCCUUUCUGCUGCUGACAUGUUUUUCGUAAUCUCUCUGCCCCUGAGAAUAUACUACUACCACCAGAGGGCCAGAGCCAAGACCGGCGACUCGUCCAGUUGGACUUUUAGUGUGGCGUACUGCCACCUCACUUUCACCCUCAAAUACAUCAGCCUGUACGGGGGCAUCUUCUUCCUGGUGUGCAUUGCUGUGGACCGUUACUUUGCUGUAGUGCACCCACUGGCCUCUACGCUCCGCAGGCUGCGUGUCGCACAGCUGGUGAGUGGGGGGAUCUGGUGCCUGGUGGUGGGGCUCAGUGUGACUCUGCCUCUGCUGCGCUUUGCAGCCGCUCACCAGCACCAGCCCUGUCUGCUGGACCCAUCCUCCCAACACCACCGCACCAUCAUCCUGGUAGCUCUGGGCCUUGUCUUGGGCUCAUUUCUGCUGCCCGCUCUGCUUCUUCUCUGCAGCUACUGCAGAGUGCUGAGAGUGCUUCGCCAUCCGAGACACCGCUCCCGCAGCCAGGGCCGCAGCCGCCAGCACACUCUCACCAUUAUUUACUGGGUGCUCGGCAUCUUCCUGCUCUGCUUCGUCCCCUAUCACAUCAACCUCCUGGGAUACACUCUCACACACGUGGGAUUGCUGCCCUAUUGUGGCCUGGCAAAGGUGACCAAGGCUGUGCACCCUGUAGUGCUUUCGUUAGCAAGCUCCAAUUGCUGCCUAAAUCCACUCAUCUACUAUUUUUCCAGCAGCCUGUUGCACAGGGAGGGGCCCGGGGGCGGAGUCAGUGGCAGCCAGUGACAAAAAUCAUUUCUUUAACAUUAUCUUAAAAGCACUCAGUUAUUAUUCAUUCAAUAGUCCAGGACCUUUUCCAUUCUAACACAGCAUCCUGUUUCUCAUACUGUCUGCAGUUCUUCAGAAGUUAAACUUAAGAUAACUGUGUUUGUUGAACAUGUUGUCUGUAUUAUUGGCAGGAAUUACAAUGUUGAACAGGCUUGGGUUUUUGAUUUGGUGCCAUGCUACUAUAAGAAGCAUAUUGAAAGCUUAUUUAUUUGUCUUUUUGUACUUCGUCAGUGCAAGUUCAAAGUGCUUGCAAAAUAUUGACAGACUGUUUCGUGUAGUGAAUGUAACAUGUUGCCUCAUUCU